AUGGGAAUUGUUCUCAUCGCCUCGGCCACAGUUAUGUAUGCUCAAAACAAAGUCGUGUCCAAGGCUCACUACAUAGUCCCGCUCCCAGCACACAACAUCCCCUCUACCCGCAAGACAUACUACAACGCCAGCCUCCCCAACAUCACAAUCUUCGCCACGGGUGGCACCAUCGCCAGCUCAGCCUCUUCCAACGCCCAGACGGCAGGUCACCAAGCCGGGGCCCAUGGAAGCAAUGAGAAUUUCCACGGCGCCGAUGUCCUCAUCCUCCCCGAGGUUGACAUCUUCUUUGGCCAUCAGGCCCUCAACCCGGCUCUCGCGACUGCCGCCGUCGCGAGCGGCGCCAAUGGUCUCGUCCUUGCGGGCAUGGGUGCCGAUGGGUGGACCACGCCCGGCCGCAUUGCGCUCAAGGCGAUGGCGCAAGAGAACGGUACGCAGAUUUUCUUCUCCAACUGGACCAUGGGUGUAUUGCUGAAGAUGAUGACGCCCUCAACACGUACGGCGGCUGGAACUUGA